GGUUCGUUCCUAUUCAAAUACCAUUCGCUAAGCUAAAAAGAGCAAACCAAAAACAAGAAAUCAAAGCUUUAAACCUCCGUCACGCAGUAGCAGUGCAAAAAUGGCAUCCCACGAUCAGUCUUUCAGAGCUGGUGAGGCCACUGGCCGAGCUGAGGAGAAGGGUGACAGGGCGACUGAGACUGUGAAGGAGAAGGGCAGAGAAGCGAAAGACAGGACCAACCAGACAGCCCAACAGGCGAAAGAGAAGACAGGAGAGGCGGCAGAGUCAACGAAGGAGAAGGCUUCUGAAGGGAAGGAGAAGACCAAGGGAGUCUUCCAGCAGACUGGGGAGAAAGUGAAGCAGGUUGCUCAAAGUGCUGCUGAUACUGUGAAGACUACUCUUGGUUUAGGUCAACAUCGUGAUGACGAGCACACCACAACUCCCAAAGAAUCCGGACGUUAGCUAGCUAGCUUGUCACCUGAACCAAUGGACGGUUUCAGCGAGUUUACUAGCCCUCAAGAGACAUUAUUUGGUUAUUGUUUUCAGUGUCGUGUCUGUAUUUUGAGUUGUGUCCUGUCCCUGCCGUGGCUAUGGUACGUGGUGUGUUCUAAAGAUGAUGGUAUUAGAAUCUUGUAGGGGAUCAGAGGAAGUCUGAAAAUAAAAAGGAGGUUAGUGUCUGGGCGGCUUGUUGUGGAGGGCUGCCACUGUAAUUCUAUGUAUUUAACUUUCCUAGUGCAAUUGAAGAGCGUAGAGAGAAGGGGAAUUCUGUAACAGUGGACGUUUCCCAUCUUUGCAUUUUGCUAUGUUCUCUUGAUCCAACUUUAGUUGGAUUUAUAUGAGUUCGGAGUUUAAUUAAUAUU